AAGGAGUGGUGUCGAGAGUGCAUGGGAGCGUCACUCUCAGUGCGCUCCCUCAUUCAGGCGAAUUUGUUACUUACCUAUCCCGUUCUCAUAGGCUAGGCUAAAACGACCUAAAACAUAUUGUUCAUCAUAUGACAUAUUGUUGUCCUAUCUUACCGUUGAAGAGAUUUACUACGAACUGCUGUAAAGGAAGUUUAAGGACAGCUUUCUUCUUCUCCAACACCUGUGGAGUUUUACUUAACUUACUUCCAGUAGAGGACGUCCACUUCAUGCUUGCGGAAUGUAUGGAGUAUCGAUUUAUUAAAAGGUAGAAAGGAACGCCAGAUCACCAUAGUUUUAGGAUAAUCUAAAUCAAGCAAUUUCUCUGGGAAUACUGUACACGUGUAGGAGUUUAGGAGUUAAAAGAAAAGUUGGUGAAGAGAGUCUAUUUCGGGUAUGGUCCUAUGAUCGCUCUUCGGAAUUUUGAUCUAGACUAUGGAACAACGGCAGGUGCUCGCGCUGUGCGCUGUAUUGCUGUGCGGUGUACACCUCGCCGCCUGUCAGACUACUCAGGACGUUUGUCCAGGUACCCAGAAUGGCUUGAGUUUCACGGGCAACCCAGAGCUCCACUAUACCACCAUGCGGGACAGGUACAUGGGCUGUGAGAUCGUGAUGGGCAACUUGGAGAUCGUUCAUAUGGAGAACCAUCGUAACUUCUCCUUCCUCUGGAGUAUCAGAGAGGUGACAGGUUACAUCCUCAUUGCCGCCAAUCAGUUCAAGCGGCUACCCCUGGACAGGCUGCGAGUCAUCAGGGGGAACACGCUCUACGAGAAGAAGUUUGCCCUGUCUGUCUUUCUCAACUUUGACGGCCACUUUGGGUUGGAGGACCUCGGCCUUAUCCACCUCACAGAGAUUUUGGAGGGGGGAGUACAUAUCGUAAACAACAGGUUUGUGAGGUACGCCCCCUGGGUUGUCUGGAAGGACAUCGUGAGGGAUCCCAAAGCACCUCUGGACAUCAAACAGAAUGGAGAGAGAGGGCAGUGCGAUGCUGCGUGUCAAGAUCACUGCUGGGGGCCCAGUGAGGAGCAGUGUCAGACCUUGACAAAGACGGUGUGCGCCCCGCAGUGCAAUGGCCACUGUUUCGGGCCCAGUCCGCGGGAGUGCUGCGAUGGCGAGUGUGCGGGAGGCUGCAGCGGUGCCCUCAACACUGACUGCUUUGCAUGCCAUCACUUCAAUGACUCAGGGGCCUGUGUGCCACACUGCCCCCAGAAACUCAUUUACAACCAGCACACCUUCCAGUUAGAGCUUAACCCUAACGUCAAGUAUCAGUAUGGCUCAAUAUGUGUACCUCAGUGUCCAUCAAACUUUGUGGUGGAUGGCAGCUCGUGUGUGAGCAGCUGCCCCCCUGACAAGAUGGAGGCGGUGACGCUGGGGGGCCUGAAGGAGUGUGAGGCAUGUGGGGGCCUGUGCCCAAAAGGUGCCUAUUCGUCCACACACACACACACACACACACACACACAUUCACACAAUAUCUAUCUAUCUAUCUAUCUCACACUCUUUUAAUGUGUAUCCUCCACCUCCUUCCUUCUGAUUUCCAGAGAUGAUUAUAAUAACAUUCCACCUCUUGAUCCAGAGAAACUGAAAGUAUUCAGCACAGUCAGAGAGAUUACAAACACUUUGAAUAUCCAGUCGUGGCCUGAAUCCCUCUCAGACCUCUCUGCCUUCUCCAGCCUCACCACCAUACAGGGGCGAUCCCUGCACAGUGUUAGGAAGCCCUUCUCUCUGCUGGUGAUGAAGGUGAACACCCUCACUUCUCUGGGUCUGCAUUCGCUGCGUGAGAUCAGCGACGGUAGCGUCUACAUCAAGGAAAAUGCUAACCUGUGCUACCACCACACCGUCAACUGGACUCGCCUCUUCACCGGUGUCCGCCUGGCCAGACGCGUCAAGGCCAACGACAUCAAGAGCAACCAGCCAGAGAGCAACUGCACCGCAGAAGGCCAUGUGUGUGACCCGCUGUGCUCAGAUGCUGGCUGCUGGGGCCCGGGGCCAGAUCAGUGCCUCUUCUGUAGGAACCACAGUCGGGAUUCAACCUGUGUGGCUCACUGCAACUUCUACACAGGGGAGCCUCGGGAGUUUGCAGGGCAGAAAGACGAGUGCAUUUCCUGCCAUCCUGAAUGUCAGUCACAGGACAGUGGGCAAAGCUGCACAGGACCGGGUGACCAUGAGUGUGCAGCGUGCUCAAGUUUGAGGGAUGGCCCUCGCUGUGUGUCGGCAUGUCCAAACGGUGUGAUGGGAGAGAAUGGUGUCAUCAUCUUUAAAUACCCAGAUAAACUGGGACACUGUGAACCCUGCCAUCUCAAUUGCACACAAGGGUGCACUGGACCUAAACUAUGGGAUUGUGGUUCCAGCAGAGCAGCCAGCAGCUCACUCAUAGCUGGGAUUGUGGCCGGAGUGCUGAUGGGUGUUAUGGUCCUCCUGGCUCUGGCUGGGCUGGCCAUGCUCUACCGCCGAAGUCGGACCAUCCGCCGCAAACGCACCCUGAGGAGGUACCUGGAGAGCAGUGAGGGAUAUGAACCUUUUGACCCGGGAGAGAAGGGCACCAAAGUUCACACACGUAUCCUCAAAGCUUCAGAGCUGCGCAAGGGCAAGACACUUGGCUCCGGUGUCUUCGGUACUGUCUAUAAGGGUGUGUGGAUGCCGGAGGGAGAUUCAGUGAAAAUCCCUGUGGCGAUAAAAACCAUCCAUGACACCACCGGCCGCCAGACCUUCACCGAGAUCACCGAUCACAUGUUGUCCAUAGGCAGUCUUGACCACCCCUACAUCAUGAGGCUGCUGGGCGUCUGCCCGGGCCCCUCCCUUCAGCUGGUGACCCAGCUGGGCACACACGGCUCGCUGCUGGAGCACCUCAGGCAGCACAAGGACAACCUGGAGCCCCAGCGUCUGCUCAACUGGUGUGUGCAGAUCGCCAAGGGAAUGUACUAUCUGGAGGAGCACCGGAUGGUUCACAGGAAUCUCGCCGCUCGUAACGUGCUGGUGAAGAGUGAUUACAUCGUGCAGGUGGCAGACUUUGGGGUGGCAGACCUUCUCUAUCCUGAUGACAAAAAAUAUGUCUACAGUGAAGUCAAGACACCGAUCAAAUGGAUGGCAUUGGAGAGCAUCCUAUUCCGCCAGUAUACACACCAAAGUGAUGUUUGGAGUUAUGGAGUGACAGUGUGGGAGAUGAUGUCCUAUGGAGCUGAGCCAUACACAGCCAUGCAUCCCCAGCAGGUUCCGGGUCUCCUGGAGAAGGGAGAGCGUCUGGCCCAGCCUCAGAUCUGUACUAUAGAUGUCUACAUGGUCAUGGUCAAAUGCUGGAUGGUGGAUGAGAACGUACGACCUACCUUCAAAGAAUUGGCCAACGAGUUCACAAGAAUGGCCAGAGACCCACAACGAUACCUCGUUGCCAAGAGGGACUCUGUUAAGGGGGAAGACUCUGCCCUCCUACGAGAGGUCAAAUGGUCUCAUUUGGAAGCUGGCCUUGAGGAUGAUGACGUAUCAGAUGAUGGCUUUACUACACCUCCUCUACAUCUAUCACCGUCUCGAAGUCACUCCCGACAACGGAUCAACUCUCAAAGAAGUGGUUUUGCCCUCUCUGCUCCAGUAGGAUACCUACCAAUGACCCCCAGUCCGGGGGAAGGUACCAGACAGAUGUGGGGUCAAAGAUCACGGCUGAACUCUCGGCGGACAGUGUCUGAAUGCUCAGAGGGCCGAGGUACCAUGGUGGAUGUGGAUAUGGCCUCCCAGAUGGGCAGCCUGAAGAGGACUCGCAACCGUGGGGACAGUGCUUACAUGUCCACAGCCUCAGAGAUUCCCUCUCCAGGGGUAGUGGUGGAGGAGGAGGACACCAAUGGUUAUGUAAUGCCAAGAGUCACCCACCACCCAGAGACAGAUCCUCUGCUGUCGCGCUCUAGUUCCAGGAACACCACCCUGGGUGACAGACAGAGCAAGAGCUCCAGGUCUCCAUUAUGUCCACCAGGACCAGCGACCGACGCCACCCAGGAGUAUGAGCUCAUGACAAAGCCGGCUCCGCGGCCUGCCCAGGCUCUCAGAAGAUUUGCUGACCAGCUAGACGACAGUUCCACAGAUGUGUGGAAAAGAGCCUCUGCCAUAUCAUCCACUGUGUGUACCUCUGAAUCUGAACCUGCCGAACCUCAAGAGCAACCAAGCCCAAGCGUUGCUCCCUCUCUGCCAGCAGACCCUGAUUCCGCAGAGUAUGUACAUGCUCAAGGAGAGAUGUCAGCUGCACAGAGCUCCCAGAGUGGAACUGAAAAUGACGGAGAAUCCCACGUGGACAUGUCACUGCAACAGGCGCAAGUAAUGGAGUAUGAGUACAUGGACAUCCGCAGCUCACUCAAAGCCACAGGGGUCAAAGGGAGCUCCAGCUCAAUGGAGGGCCCAGGACCAGCUGACUCAGCGGAGAGAGAUGAAGGAAUUGGGGGAGAGAGCAAUGAUGAGAACCAGGAAGACAAAGGGCAUCGAGGUGAACAGGACGAAGAGUGGGUGGUGCAAACAGGGGCUGUAGCGUGCAGGGCAGGCUUCAGGGAUGGUGCGCCCCCUGCUGGUACAGAGCAGGAGGAGGAAUAUGAGGAGAUGGGGGUCACCAAAGAAGGCUCUAACACUGUGGACGAGGUUGAGUAUCAGAACAUGCCUUCUGGGAAGGUUCCGAUGAGCCCGGGAGGAUUGAAUGCAGGACUGGGGAAAUACAUGAAAGUGCGUGCUGGCAUGGGGGAGCCAGUCAACACGUCCUUUGAUAACCCAGACUAUUGGCACAGUAGACUAUUCCACAAGCAAGAUGCUCUGCGUACGUGAGAAAAACUUUGAACAGAAAACUUGGCAGCACAGCAGUUCAGGUUGUGGCCUACUUAACUAAUCUCUUAGUAGGAUGUCAAACACAGCACAAUUGCAUUAGGGUUGGACUUGCCAUGAAUGGACAAAAGAAAAUCUGAUAUAUGGAUUUCCUCAAUCCUUAGCCAUCAUCUGUAAUCCUAAUGAUGUAAACUUUGAAUAAUGGACUGUGUAUAUGAAUCAUAAAUAUGGACUGGUCUCGUCAUAAAUCAAUUUUUGGGGUCAUAUAUGUGUAUCAGUGUAAAUGAUUUGUAGCUUUGUUUGUCUUUUGUAAAAGGUUGUCCCUUAAGAUGAAAAUAAAAACUCUUGCUCUUAAAA